CAAAUCCCACCACUAUUCUGAAUCCAGUGAGGGGAAACAAUGCCAUCCAAAGUGUUGUUCUCAUGGCUUCCAUGCGUGAGAAAGGAGAAAAGAAAGAGAUCAUUCUUCAAGAAUGGGAGCAUUUUACUAGAGGAUCUCAUUGCUUCUUGUGAUGGAAAAUCUCAUCCUAUUCGUUAUUACUCCGCUGCUGAGCUCGUCAAGGCUACCAACAACUUUGGUCCUUCUUGCAUCGUAACAAAAGGUUUUCACUACCAAAUGUUCAGGGGUAUUCUAGACGACCGAACAGUUCUCAUUAAGAAGUUCAGGAAGAGUGUCGACGAGGCUAUUCGUGAUAUUAUCAUAUCAAUGCAGAUGAGCACUCAUAGAAAUGCGUUGAAAUUAUUAGGCUGCUACUUAGAGUUUGAUACACCAGCUCUGGUGCUUGAAAAUGCAACAAAAGGAAUUCUCCAGAGUGAUGGAAGUUUAAGAUGGGAUAAUGAAGAAGAUGAAUCCUUAUUAUUACCAUGGAAAGCUAGAUUAUGCAUUGCAAAGCAACUUGCUAGUGCACUUACAUACCUCCAUACCGCCUUUCCAAGGCCCAUCAUUCAUGGGGACGUAAAUCCCACCUGCAUUUUCUUGGAUGAUGAUUAUGUUCCCAAACUCUCCAACUUUUCAUUAUCCAUAACCAUUCCUCCUGAGCAAUUGUAUGUUGAAGUAGAUACCGUGAAAGGGACAAUGGGGUACCUUGACCCUAACUACUCCGUGACUGGUAAAAGUUCAGAAAAAACUGAUGUCUAUAGCUUUGGUGUGCUUUUACUUGUAUUCUUGACGGGACAAAGGGCUAUACAGCCACGGGAAGGAGGAGAUCAACAUCAAUAUGCUGUGCAGUAUGCUAGCUCACAUGCUUUUGAAGACCAAUUUCGGACAAUUGUGGAUCCUAAAAUUUUAGAAGACGUAGGUGAAGGUGAGCAAGCACAACAGCAGUUGCAUGAUUUUCUAACAAUGGCAUUGUUAUGCACCGAAGAAGAAAGUGAUUUAAGGCCGGAUGUGAUCGAUGUGGCCAAAAAACUUGUACAAAUUGAGAAGUCUAUGUUUCCCAGCUAGGUUUAUCCACUACAUAAGUUUAAAGGAGAGAUUGUGAGGGUGUUGAUGUGUUUUGCAUGAUGGAUGGAUGGGGUGUAUGUUAAUUGUACAGAAUUUCCUAUUUCCUUCUUGUUUCUUACUAUGUAACUCUAAGUGCGUGACUACUUAGUAAUUUUAAGUAAAUUUCUUUGGUCGCCCAUUGCGUUAUGAUCAUCGAUGGCAUCCUUGACCUUGCAAAGCAGAGCAUAGUUAGUAGGCUUUUAACAAGCACAAAAUGUAUGUGAGCUCUCCACUUUUGCCCAUUUGGGUCUCUCAUUGCAAGUGUUAAUGUUAAGGUCUCUCUAUCUUUGAGUAUUCA